UUCAUUCAAGGUUUAUACACAUCAUUGGCCAUCGACACAGUUGACGUCAAAUGAUUCGUCAAUGAUCUUGGCGACAAACAGAGUUGAGGAGGCUGUAUCAUUGGGCUCUGUGAGCUGAAGGAGAGGACCCUUUACCCAAGAGCUACCGGCUAUUAGCUACCGCUAGCUAGAUUACUAUCGCCAUGGAGUUGGCUCACAGUCUACUUCUGAACGAGGAAGCCCUAGCUCAGAUCACUGAGGCUAAGAGACCCGUAUUCAUCUUCGAAUGGCUCCGUUUCCUGGACAAGGUUCUAGUGGCAGCAAACAAGGUGGAUGUGAAGGAGAAGCAGAAGAAGUUGGUUGAACAGCUGACAGGGUUGAUCAGCAGUGCCCCUGGCCCUCCCACCAGGAAAUUGCUAGCUAAGAACCUGGCUACCCUCUACAGCAUAGGAGACACCUUCACCGUCUUCCAGACACUGGACAAGUGCAACGACAUCAUCAAGAGCAAGGAUGACACGCCCGCCUACCUCCCCACCAAACUCGCUGCGGUGGCCUGUAUUGGGUCCUUCUAUGAGAAGAUGGGGCGGAUGCUGGGAAGCUCCUUCCCAGACACCAUCACCAACAUGCUGAAAGCACUGAAGACUGCAGAGUCUCAGGGUCGUAGUGAGAUUCUCCUGAGUCUACAGAAGGUAUUGAAUGGUCUUGGUGGAGCAGCAGCCUCUUGCCAUAGAGACAUCUAUAAGAUCACUCGCUCCCUACUCACAGACCGCUCCAUGGCUGUGCGCUGUGCCGUGGCUAAGUGUCUGCUAGAGCUGCAGAAUGAGGCUGUGUUCAUGUGGACCACCGAGCUGGAGAACCUAGCUACUCUGUGCUUCAAGGCUCUGGAAGGAUCGAACUAUGGAGUGAGGGUAGCCGUAUCCAAACUACUAGGAACCAGCAUGGCCACGGCCCUGAUGCCCAAACAAGCUGCAGUGAUGCGUCAGAACGUGAAACGCGCCACGCUAGACGAGGUGUUGGAGCUGAUGGCUACAGGCUUCCUGAGAGGGGGGUCUGGCUUCCUGAAGAGCGGGGGGGAGAUGCUGAAGGGAGGGGGCUCCGUCAGCAGAGAGGUGCGGGUGGGAGUCACACAGGCAUAUGUUGUAUUCGUGACCACGCUGGGCGGCCAGUGGCUGGAGAGGAACUUUGCCACGUUCCUGUCUCAUGUUCUGGACCUGGUCAGCCACCCGCGGGCCACCCAGACACACGUGGAGGCGGUGUACUCCCGUCGUUGUGUGUCGUUCAUGCUACGCUCCACUCUGGGCGGGCUGCUAGGGGAGAAGGCCCAGAUCGCCGCAGGGAAAGACAUCUGCCAGGCUAUCAGUAAACAGAUGAGGGCUGUGGGUAAGGAGAUAGAUGGGGGGGAAGUUUCACGGUUCAGAGCUUUACAGAAGGCAGUAGUGAAUGAUACCAGUGGAGAGAAUAAGGCAGGAGCAGCUGAUGUGUCUGCCAGUCAACACGUGAUGGUCUGUGCCCUCAAAGAGCUGGGCAGCCUGGUGCAGAGUCUUAGUGCCACAUCCUCACCGCUCAUACAGGAACCCUCUAUUGGUCUCCUGGAGACGGUCUCCUCCGUGCUGCUCCACCCCAGCAUGGCGGCCCGUCUGACGGCGGCCUGGUGUUUACGCUGCGUUGCCGUGGCGCUGCCCUAUCAGCUGACUCCCCUGCUGGAGCGCUGUGCGGAGCGGAUCAACAACCUGAAGAGUUCUCCGGAGGCCGUCAGCGGCUACAGCUUCGCCAUGGCUGCUCUGCUGGGCGGCGUGCACCAAUGUCCUCUGGGCGUACCGCAUUCCAAGGGAAAGCUGGUGGUCAGCAUAGCUGAGGACCUGCUCCGUACAGCAGCCCAGAACAGCCGUCUUUCUCUGCAGAGAACCCAGGCUGGAUGGUUGCUGUUGGGGGCACUGAUGUCUCUGGGCCCGUCCCUGGUCCGCUAUCACCUUCCCAAGAUGCUGCUGCUGUGGAGGAACGUGUUCCCCCGCUCCCAGAAAGAGAUGGAGGCAGAGAAGGCUCGAGGAGACAGCUUCACCUGGCAGGUUAUGCUAGAGGGACGUGCUGGGGCGCUCUGUGCCAUGCGUAGCUUUGUGGCCCAUUGUCCUGAGCUGCUGACAGAGGAUGUAAUCCGCAGGCUGAUGACACCUAUAGAGUGCGCCAUGACAAUGAUGUCACAUGUCCCGUCGGUCAUCAAGGUGCAUGGCACCCAUCUGAAGGCCAGUGCAGCUAUGGUGAGGCUGAGACUCUAUGACAUCUUGGCUCUACUGCCCCCGAAGACCUACGAAGGUAGUUUCAAUGCCCUGCUGAGAGAGCUGGUGGCGGAGUUCACUCUGACUGAUAACUCGGCCAACACAACCACCUCGUUGCUACGCUCCCUCUGUCACUAUGACGACAGUGUUCUGAUGGGGUCCUGGCUACAGGAGAAUGACCACAAGUCCAUCGAGGACCAGCUCCAGCCCAACAGUGCGUCAGGCAGUGGCGCUCUGGAACACGACCCCUCCUCCAUCUACCUGAGGGUACCUAUGGGCGAGGCCAUGCCUGGACCCCUCCCCCUCGGCGUUUCUGUCAUCGACGCCUCCGUCGCUCUGUUCGGAGUGGUGUUCCCUCAUGUCUCCUUUAAACACAGGCUGCAGAUGCUGGACCACUUUGCAGAGUGUAUUAAACAGGCCAAGGGAGUCAGACAGCAGGCUGUCCAGCUCAAUAUCUUCACCGCCGUACUGAGCGCCCUCAAGGGUCUGGCAGAGAACAAGUCCACCCUGGGUCCUGAAGAGGUUCGUAAAUCCGCCCUGGCGCUGGUGAUGGGCGCUCUGGACAACCCAAACCCCAUCCUGCGCUGUGCUGCCGGGGAGGCCUUGGGAAGGAUGGCUCAGGUGGUGGCGGAGGCCACCUUCAUUGCCCGCAUGGCCCAGUACAGCUUUGACAAACUGAGGUCAGCCCGUGACGUGGUCUCCAGAACAGGCCACUCCCUGGCUCUGGGCUGUCUGCACAGAUACGUAGGAGGGAUUGGUUCAGGACAGCACCUCAAAACUAGCGUCAGCAUCCUAUUGGCCCUAGCCCAGGAUGGAACCUCCCACGAGGUGCAGACGUGGGCCCUCCACUCCCUGGCUCUCAUCGUAGACUCCAGUGGUCCUAUGUAUCGAGGUUAUGUGGAGCCCACCCUUUCCCUGGUCCUGACCCUGCUCCUAACCGUACCCCCGUCACACACUGAGGUACACCAGUGUCUGGGACGAUGUCUAGGAGCUCUCAUCACCACCGUCGGACCCGAGCUACAGGGUAACGGAGCGACCAUCUCCACUAUCCGCUCGUCAUGUCUGGUGGGCUGUGCCAUCAUGCAGGGUCACAGCGACUCCCUGGUGCAGGCAGCGGCCAUAUCCUGUCUCCAGCAGCUGCACAUGUUCGCCCCACGCCACGUUAACCUCUCCAGCCUGGUGCCGUGCCUCUGUGUCCACCUGUGUAGCUCUCACCUGUUGCUCCGCCGUGCGGCGGUGGCCUGUCUGAGACAGCUGGCCCAGAGAGAGGCUGCCGAGGUCUGUGAGUACGCCAUGAGUCUGGCCCGCAACAAGGAGAGCAAGGACUCAACCACCGUCAAUCUGAACAUCACAGAGACUGGUUUGGAGGGGGUUCUGUUUGGAAUGCUGGACCGGGAGACGGACAGGAAGCUUUGUCACGACAUCCAUGACACUCUGGGCCACAUGCUGUCCUCGCUCGCCGUGGACAAGCUCUCUCAUUGGUUGAAGCUCUGCAAGGACGUCCUGGCUGCUACUACAGGUCACAAGGCUGGAGGAGGGGUUGUGGCACCGGUAGAUCUGGGUAAAGAAGAGGACGACUCGGAGAAGCAGGAUGAGAUCGACGAUGACAUCAUGUUUACGGCGCUGGGAGAGGAUAACAGCGCCAAGCCGUCUGUGACGCCGCGCUGGGUGACCCGUGUGUUCGCCGCUGACUGUCUGUGUCGCAUCAUACUGCUGUGUGAGAACGCAGACAAGACACACUUUGACCUGGCCGGCGCCCGCUCUGCUAAGACCAAGAACCCUAAAGCUGAUCUGUUGGUCCUCCACCUCUCUGACCUGAUACGCAUGGCCUUCAUGGCGGCGACAGACAACAGUAACCAGUUGAGGAUGGCCGGUCUCCAGGCCCUGGAAGACAUUAUUAAGAAGUUCGCCUCUGUUCCGGAGCCCGAGUUCCCAGGUCACGUGAUCCUGGAGCAGUACCAGGCUAAUGUUGGAGCUGCUCUGAGACCAGCGUUCUCCCCAGAUACACCUUCUGACAUCACAGCUAAGGCAUGCCAGGUGUGCAGUACGUGGAUCGGUAGUGGUGUGGUCAGUGACCUGAAUGAUCUUCGUCGCGUCCACACCCUCCUGGUCUCCUCGUUGGACAAGGUGCAGGCUGGGAAGGGUUCCUCGAGUCAGCUGUACAGUGAGAGCGCUACCACUAUGGAGAAGUUGGCUGUCCUGAAGGCCUGGGCUGAGGUGUAUGUGGUGGCCAUGAAGAUAAAGAAGGAAGCAGAGUCUCGGCCGGUGAAGGAGGUGAAGGCAGGAGGAGGAGGAGACGAGGAUGAGGAAGAGGAGGAGGAGGAGGGAGCGGACAUUCUUCCUCCCGAUAGCCUGAUUAUGCUGGUGCAGCCUGAGCUACCGUCUCUGUCUCGGCUGUGGUUGGCUGUCCUCAGAGACUACGCUCUGCUCACACUUCCUGCUGAGUUCUCGAGCCAACUUCCUCCCGACGGUGGUGCCUUCUACACCCCAGAGACCAUCGACACAGCCCGUCUCCAUUACCGUGGCUCCUGGGCCCCUGUUCUCCACGCUGUGGCCCUCUGGCUGAGCAGCACCAGCUUCGGGGCCGGGGAGGGGGAAGAGGAGGCCCCUGCUGUCCCUCCACAGGUGUCUGGGGCGCCAGUCUACCCCCUGGGAAACCCUGGACCUACUCAGAGCCUGGAGGACCUGAUUAAGGACAGAAUGCAUCUGAUGUUGGGUGUCAGUAUUGAGUUCCUGUGUUUCCCAAGACCUGAGGAACCGAUAGAACAUGUCAUGUCAUGUCUACAGGCUCUAUGUACCCUACUGGACUCUCCCUGCGCCAGGACACACAUCAGUGAAGACCAGUUGUUGGGUGUAGAGCUGCUCAACGUGCUCCACAGACUCCUCCUGACCAGAGAUCCUCCAGCCGUCCAGCUCCAAGUUACAGCUGUGGUGCAGGAGACCAUCCGGGCUGCACGGGACCACCUGACACAGCAGAGGGAAACACAGGGGAAGCAGGAUGGAGGGGAGAAGGACGGUGUGUCUCUCCAGGGAGAGGGAGGUGAGACUGGGGAGCUGCUCCCGGGGAAGUCCCUCGUCUUCGCUGCCAUGGAGCUUCUGGUGUUCAUCCUGGUUCGUCACUUGCCUCAACUCAACACCAGGGUGAACGAGUCCCCCAGCCACCUGCCCCUCCGGCCCCAGCCUCGUCUGACUGAGGAGAGCACCCGGCUGGUGGCUCACACUGUGUCUAUACUGGCCCAGCUGCCGUCGCUAUGCUCCCCCGCAGGCAGCAUGACCAUCCUCCCAACUGUACUCUUCCUGAUAACCGGGGUCCUGAAGGAGACGGCUGUGAAGACACCUGAUAACUCCAUACCCCUGCCAGUGUCAGCUGCUCUACAGGGUAUAAAGACCAUCAUCACCUCUCCUCUGGCCCGGGCUGACAAGACUCCCACUCAGUGGACAGGACUGAUUAGGAGUAGUCUGGCUUCUGUUCUAGAAUAUUCUCAACCAGAUGAGUCUCGUCCCAACAUGGAUGAGGUCAGUAUGCUGACAGCCAUGACCCUCUUCCUGCUGUCUGCCAGUUCAGAGGUCAUAGGAGUCACUGUGCUGCAGCAGGGCUGUAUGGAACGCUAUAGGAACGCACUCAUCUCCUCUGACCCCUGGGUCCAGGCGCGGUGUUACCAACUCCUCCUGUCCGUGUUCCAGCACCCCAGCCGAGCGUUAUCCACCCCAUACAUCCACGCCCUGGCGCCGCUCAUGGUAGAGAAGCUGAAAGAGGUGGAGAGGAGUCGCCCGGGCACGGUCACGGAGCUGCAGGCCGUACAGGAGGGAAUCCGGGUUCUGGAGAACCUAGUGGGCAUGGCAGAGGAACAGAACAGGGUACAGUUGCUGGCUCUGCUCGUCCCCACCCUGGUCUCCUAUCUCCUGGAUGACAAGGCCUUCUCCUCUGCUCCUCCUGCUUCCAAGGGCCUACAUGAGUUUGCUCUCCAGAACCUGAUGCGGAUCGGGCCCCUCUACCCAGCUGCCUUCAAGACAGUGAUUGGAGCCGCACCUGAGCUCAAGACCCGCCUUGAGUCGGCCGUCAGAGCCAAUCAGGCGAGCAGCAAAGCCAAAGCAGCAGCCCUAUUGGCCCAGCCAACUGUGCAGGCCGCGCCCACCAUCAAACUCAAAACUAGUUUCUUCUAAAUAUUCCUGAAAUGCAGACUACUUUAUCAUCCUGGUGUAAUGUUGUUGUCGUCUGAUAUGUCUCUAAGAUGUUCUUUAUUUAACUUGGUUCUCGGUGGAUGAGAUUUUUCUACUUUGUUUUCUUGAAGUCGGCAGGUAGCGGCAGGUAGCCUAGUGGUUAGAGCGUUGGGUGGCAGGUAGCCUAGUGGUUAGAGCGUUGGGUGGCAAGUAGCCUAGUGGUUAGAGCGUUGGGUGGCAGGUAGCCUAGUGGUUAGAGCGUUGGGCGGCAGGUAGCCUAGUGGUUAGAGCGGAGGGGCGGCAGGUAGCCUAGUGGUUAAAGCGUUGGGUGGCAGGUAGCCUAGUGGUUAGAGCGUUGGGUGGCAGGUAGCCUGGUGGUUAGAGCGUUGGGAGGCAGGUAGCCUAGUGGUUAGAGCGUUGGGAGGCAGGUAGCCUAGUGGUUAGAGCGUUGGGCGGCAGGUAGCCUAGUGGUUAGAGCGUUGGGCGGCAGGUAGCCUAGUGGUUAGAGCGUUGGGUGGCAGGUAGCCUAGUGGUUAGAGCGUUGGGCGGCAGGUAGCAUGGUGGUUAGAGCGUUGCGCGGCACUUAGCCUAGUGGUUAGAGCGUUGGGAGGCAGGUAGCCUAGUGGUUAGAGCGUUGGGCGGCAGGUAGCCUAGUGGUUAGAGCGUUGGGCGGCAGGUAGCCUAGUGGUUAGAGCGUUGGGCGGCAGGUAGCCUAGUGGUUAGAGCGUUGGGAGGCAGGUAGCCUAGUGGUUAGAGCGUUGGGCGGCAAGUAGCCUAGUGGUUAGAGCGUUGGGCGGCAGGUAGCCUAGUGGUUAGAGCGUUGGGCGGCAGGUAGCCUAGUGGUUAGAGCGUUGGGCGGCAGGUAGCCUAGUGGUUAGAGCGUUGGGCGGCAGGUAGCCUAGUGGUUAGAGCAUUGGACUAGAAACAGAAAGGUUGCAAGAUCGAAUCCCCGAGCUGACAAGGUAAAAAUCUGUUGUUCUGCCCCUGAACAAGGCAGUUAACCCACUGUUCCCUGAUAGGCCUUCAUUGAAAAUAAGAAUUUGUUCUUAACUGACUUGCCUAGUUAAAUAAAAGGUAUAAAAUAAAUAAAAUGAUAAUAAAGUAUGUAAAUAAUAUCAUUAAAGGGUAUUUUAAUGUCCACUUCCACGACCCCUGUUGAGAGAGAGUACUGCUUUAGAUUUGAAUGUGUUGUUACUAUUUUGGUCCCGUGUAGCUCAGUUGGUAGAGCAUGGCGCUUGCAACGCCAGGGUUGUGGGUUCAAUUCCUACGGGGGGACCAGGAUGACUAUGUAUGAACUUUCCAAUUUGUAAGUCGCUCUGGAUAAGAGCGUCUGCUAAAUGCCGUAAAUGUUAGAGCUGGAUCUAUUUUUUACAUCUUAAAUGGCAUGCUAUUCCCUAUGUAGUGCACUCCCCUUUUGACCAGAGUAGGGCACUCCCCUUUUGACCAGAGUAGGGCACUCCCCUUUUGACCAGAGUAGGGCACUCCCCUUUUGACCAGAGUAGGGCACUCCCCUUUUGACCAGAGUAGGGCACUCCCCUUUUGACCAGAGUAGGGCACUCCCCUUUUGACCAGAGUAGGGCACUCCCCUUUUGACCAGAGUAGGGCACUCCCCUUUUGACCAGAGUAGGGCACUCCCCUUUUGACCAGAGUAGGGCACUCCCCUUUUGACCAGAGUAGGGCACUCCCCUUUUGACCAGAGUAGGGCACUCCCCUUUUGACCAGAGUAGGGCACUCUCCUUUUGACCAGAGUAGGGCACUCUCCUUUCGACCAGAGUAGGGCACUAGUUAGGGAAUAGGGUACCAUUUGGGACUCUUCCCAUUGAAUAUGUAAAGAGCCCUACUUGUAAAUAAACUGAGUAUAGUUUGUUCUUUAUUUGCUUCCUUAUUGGUCUGACGUCAUCAUUCCUGGCGGACUCUUGUACUCUGUGAGUCUUGGUUACAGCGUUUGGUAAGACUGAUGCGUCAACAUGGCUGUAUCCACUGUGAGACAGGAUCCAAUCAUGCAUAUGUUUGUAAUGGAGUUUGUUUGUUGCCUGUGGAAACCUUUGCAGAAAGGGUCGACCUUUUAAGUAAAUUGCUUGUUUUUGCUGUUCUUGUCUUGAGGCUUUAAACUUCACCCAAAAGCCAUCCUUUUUAAUAAUGCAUUUAAGUGUUUGGCAUCUGCUGUUCAUAAAGUAUUUUGCUUAA